GAACACAUCCUCGUUCAAAUAUAAACAUCCUUGUUAGAUUCCAUGCGCGCCCUGUGAACCUAACUUAAGGUGUAGUUCAUUUCAAAUGUUGCAUAUUAUAAGUGCUGUAUAAGAGUGGCUAAAAAGAGUAAUUAACUCACACUUUUUGUAAUUUGAAUGCCAUUUAUAUAUUUAUCGACCUCAGUACUCCCCAUCAUGUGAUAAUCGACAUAAUCUUUCGUUUAAAUUAAUUCACUCGACGCUAUAUCGGGUCCUAAACAGCGAGCAAGUCACUAAUUGUGAUUGAGGUUUAUACACGUGCUACUCUGUGGGAGUCAACAAUAGAUAUCUUGCGCAACAUUAUAAGGGAAUACCCCGUCGACAGUGAGGAACUGAGCAAGGCGCAAGGCUGUCUCCGGUCGCAGUGCGGUGGAGGUGGUGCAGACGGGCCGCCAUGCAUGCGGCAUGUUGCUGCCGGACCAGACGUACGAGGGUGCCUCGGCCACCACCCCCUCCUCCGCCCCCACCGCCUCCCCCACAUUGGCACCGCUGGCCGCGCUGCUGCGUUCGCAUCACGUACGCCCAGACUUCUUCUGCACAUACCGGUCUCGACAGAUUCACACACAUAGACAGACGUCGGUGGGUCAAGAGAAGAAAGAAGAGACGCUGGAGGAGCCCGGUGAGCGGCGUCAGACAGUGCACCGACCGCGUCGCGUGCGCUCUCAACGCCUCGCAGACGCAUCUUCGUCGAACGAAGCGGUGCACCUCCAGCGGCGGCUGCUAAGCCUCAGCUCGGAGCUGGUCACCCUCCGCAAUCAUCUACACGUUGGCGGAGCGAGCGGUGGCGGAGCGGGCGCCGCUGGAGCUGCCGGCACCGCCGCCAGCGGUACUUCGUCCAGCGGCUCGCAGCCCGCAGUGCCCCCUCGCGCUCCAUUGUUACUUCCACCACCGGCACCUGCGCCACCAUUGCAGCCUCACCACCCUCCGCCGCCUCCACCAGAGGCGAGAUGGCGGGCGGGCAGCGGAAGCGGGACCGCCACGGCGAGCGCAUGCGCGGGCGCGGGCGUCGGAGCGGGCGCGGGGACCGACGUGGACGACCUCAUCCACCUGCGCGGCCCGCUCACCGAGGACGCCGUAGUGCGAGCACUUCAGGCGCGAUUCUAUCAAAAUAAAUUCUACACGUCCGUGGGGCCGAUACUCAUCGCGAUGAACGCGUACACGGACGCCGGCAACGCGCUGACGCCGGGCGCGGCGCGCGCGCAGCGGCCCGAGCUGGCGCGCCUCGUGCACGACGCCGUGCGCCACCAGGCCGACACCGGCUGCCCGCAGGCCAUCAUACUGUCAGGUGUAUCGGGUUCGGGUAAGACGUACGCGUCGAUGGUGCUGCUUCGGAGACUAUUCGACGUGGCGGGCGGCGGGCCGGAGACCGACGCCUUCAAGCAUCUGGCGGCCGCCUUCACCGUCCUCCGCUCGCUCGGCACCGCCGCCACACACGCUAACUCGCAUUCCAGUAGGAUCGGACAUUUCAUCGAGGUGCAGGUGACGGACGGCGCCCUGUACCGCACCAAGAUUCACUGCUACUUCCUGGACCAGACGCGCGUGGUGCGGCCGCCGGCGGGCGAGCGCAACUAUCACAUCUUCUACCAGAUGCUGGCCGGCCUCACGACCGACGAGCGCUCGCAGCUACAUCUCGAUGGCUACACGGCGAACGACCUGCGUUAUUUGGCCUCUUCUCACCCACGACGACCCGAAGCCGAAGACGGGGCUCGGUUUCAUGCGUGGAAGAGCUGUCUCGGAGUCCUCGGUAUACCAUUUCUGGACGUACUGAGGGUGCUGGCCGCGGUGCUGCUGCUCGGCAACGUCCACUUCACUGACAACGCAGAGGGAACGGCGGAACCGAACGGAGAGGCGGAGUUGGUGGCGGCCGGCUCGCUGCUGGGCGUGGGCGCGGCGGCGCUGAUGCGCGGGCUGGGCACGCGCUGCGCGCCGCGCGCCGCCCGCGGGCAGGCGCGCGCGCCCGCCAGCGCCGCCGCCGCCGCCGCCGCGCGCGACGCGCUCGCCAAGGCGCUCUACUGCCGCACCGUCGCCACCAUCGUGCGCCGCGCCAACUCGCUCAAGCGCCUCGGCUCCACGCUGGGCACCUUGUCGUCGGACUCCAACGAAUCCGUGCACCAGGACGCGGCGUCGCGACGCGCCUCGACGGCCGGCGGCGGCGCGCGCGGCCGUGCGGGCGCUCGCUCGAUGGCGGCGCUCAACGACGCCGUGCGUCACGCCACCGACGGCUUCGUCGGCAUCCUCGAUAUGUUCGGCUUCGAGGACGCCGGCCCGAGUCGGCUCGAACAUCUCUGCGCUAAUCUUUGCGCCGAAACGAUGCAACACUUCUACAAUACCCACGUUUUCAAGUCUUCGGCGGAGUCCUGUCGAGAGGAAGGAGUGACCGGUGCGCUGGAAGUGGAGUACGUGGACAACGUGCCUUGCAUCGACCUGGUGUCGUCGCUGCGCACGGGGCUGCUGGCCGCACUCGACGUGGAGUGCGCCGCGCGCAACACGGCCGAGCAAUACGUCUCUCGCAUUAAAUCCGCUCAUAGAGGUCAUCCGAGAUUGGCGGAACCGAGACCGCCGCACCCUCGGCGCUUUGCUGUCAGACACUACGCGGGCGAGGUGACCUACGACGCUAGCGAUUUUCUGGAUGCGAAUCGCGACGCGGUACCCGACGAGUUGUUGGCCGCUUUCGAUACGAGGACUUGCGAGUUCGGUUUUGCAACACACCUCUUCGGUGCCGAACUCAAGGCGCUGGCGGCGGCGGGCGGGCCGGCGGGCGCGCAGUUCCGCGCGUCCCCCACGGCGGGCGGCGCGGCAGUGGCGGCGGGCGCGCUGGGCGCCGCGCCCCCCGCGCCCUGCUCGCCCGCCGCGCCCCCCUCCACGCUCACGCAGGACUUCCACACGCGCCUCGACAACCUGCUGCGCACACUCGUCCAUGCGCGUCCGCACUUUGUGCGCUGUCUGCGAGCCAACUCGACGGAGACCCCCAUGCAUUUCGAUCGCCUCACGGUCGCACGACAGGUUCGCGCUUUGCAAAUUCUGGAAACCGUCCAACUCAUGGCCAGCGGAUACCCGCAUCGCAUGCGGUUUCGCGCGUUCAGCGGCCGCUACCGCGCGCUGUGGCGACGCAGCGCCAGCGGGGCGGACCGCGAGUCCGGCGCGGGCUGCGCUCGCGUGCUGCGCUCCGUGGCCGCCGCCGCCGCGCCCCCCGCGCCCGCCUCGCCCGCCGCUGUGCGCUGGGCGCUCGGCAAACGACACGUAUUUCUCAGCGAGGGAAUGCGACAGGUUUUGGAGCGUAUGAGGCGCGCUCGCCGGCAGGCGGCCGCAGAGCGCAUCCAAGCGGCGUGGCGGGCGCAGCGCGCGCGAGCGGCGCGCGGCGCCCGCCCUGCUCCUCCCGCGCGGCGCCGCCCCGCGCCCAUCGCCGGCACUCCGCCGCCCGACCCCGCCGACAAGUGCGAUCCCCAACUCGUCAAACGGACCUGCUCGCUCUUCGGCCUCGACUUGGAGCGGCCGCCGCCGCUGCCGCCGUCGCGCGCGUACACGGUGGCGAACGGCGUGAAGCUGGGCUACCCGCAGCAGCGCACCGUGGCGGCGGACUGGGACGAGGCCGGCGUGCGGCUGCGCGUGGGCGACUGCGUGCUGGCGCUGGGCGCGGCGCGGCGCGGGCACGUGUCGGUGCAGGCGGGCGGGCGCACGGUGCCCGUGCCGCACGCCGUGCUGGGCCCGCCCCGCGCGCCGCGCCCCGCGCCGCCGCCGCCGCCCGCGCCCGCCUGAGCCGCCGGCCCGGCGCCGUAGAAUUGUGCCAAAUGGAAAAGCAUCGUCGGAGGCGGUCGGCCGGCGGCGAGGACGGAGCCCUCUGUGCGUAGGUGUACAUAGUAGUUAGGUAUUUAUGGGGUCAGGAGCUCGCCGCGUCCGCGCGUAGGGAGCAGUAUUACUUCGUAUUAGCUUAGACGUAAGAGAAUCGAUCCGCUCUGCCGUUACCGUCGACCGCCUCUCUGCUGUGACGUUUCCUCUGUGAUGUUAAAAUGGACGGACGUUUUAAUUCCGAGCACGUUUCUGUAAAUACUGCAAGUACCGAUUUUUCCGCCUCUGAAAUUCAUUUCUCGAUAGAACUACACGAUCGACGACGACUUGUCUUCCAUAUUAUUUACUUAUGUAUUCCAUAUGUUUUACGGGACGUGUUACUGCUUACGAUGAAAUUAUUUCUGUUACCAUUUUAUGCAUAUCGACCAGUGUUUUAAUUUGUACUCCGAAUUCAAUUGAAAUAAGUUGUAUUUGAAUGUCUCAUAACAUUUGCAUUUUCACAAUUUGGAUAUUUAAGAGCUCAUUGACGAGAUGGCGCCAGGGAUAGAAACGUGAACCUAAACUGGGCGUUGUGAGUUCUGGACUAUCUGUGUGCUUGUAUUUAUAAUUAUCAAACUCGACAGUAAAAAACAUCAAGAAAACGCCGCAAAUAUGUUGGAACAAAUGUUGACUCAUGUCCACAGAGCUUUCGCCCAGAUGAGGGGAAUGUCGGGACAUAACUAUGAGUAUUUUUAAGAGCUUCUUAACUGAGACAAAGAUACAAUGUAUUGACUAUAAUCGAAGUGUAUUACCCUGAAGACAUAAUUUAAUGAUAUCGUUGUGGAGAUAACAGACUAUUUUAUGAAUUAGGUUCGGUUAAGAUUUAUUUUAAUCAAGGUAUAUGUAUUUUGUGGCCGACGCUCGUGGGUGUGGGUCGAGUGGGAGACGCCUCGGCGAAGGAAUGCUGCAUUCCGAUGGCAGGAGAAGUAACGGUGGCUAAACCUUUGAUUACAUAUUGCGUGCGAUGUCUGCUGUGCAGCGCACUGCCAUCUCUUGCUGAUGAAUAUCCAUCACUAUUUUUAUUUAUAUCCACACUAUUCUACUUAAAUCCACUCUAAUUUUACGACAUUCAAAAUCUGAUUGUUACACGAAUCCUUAAUUAGUACAAUAGAUUAUAUAAUAAUGUCAUGUCAAUUCAAGGUCAACUUUUAUUAUCUUUACAUCUCUUGCCGUUAGAAUCGACUACACAUGCUCAAAAUGCUCAGUACAAGUUUAUUCUAUUGUUUUUUUCUAGUUUGUAUUGUUAUAUCGACAUUUUAAUAAACAGCAGGUCAACGUACUGACACGUCUACUAACUUGUUGAUAUUUCAGUAUCGAAUCAAUCAAAUGAGCUGUAAUAAAAUCGAUCGUGCGAUUGUCAUAAAUGUUCUUUGAUCUAACUCGGUCGGCUCGCGUCUCCUACGAACUUGCCAAUAUGAGUCUGAUACCUUUAUGUAUUCGAGAUCGAUAUUGAAUAGAUAUGUUAAUGUAAGAUGAGAAAUAAACAAAUGCAUUAAAA